AUGGAUGCUUUAGGAGCCUUCACCUACAUGUGCGACAACCUGCCGACUUGGAUCGAUCAAAUUUCAGAACUGGCUGCCUAUACCGCUGCCAAACAUGCCGAGUACACCGAGGCUUACAAGAAAUACGCCCCGGUGAGGCCCCGGCGACGCAAGAACAGCUCCGUCUGCUCCAUCCGCACCGAUGACAUCUUCCCUUCGUCCCAGAAUCGUGGUACCUCGGUUGAACCAACCCAGGGAACCCCUAGCACUGCAGCGGGAGCCUCGAUAGCCCAGAUUAGAUUGAUUGGAAAUCCCCGAAAACGCAGUGCCGACGGGACCCCUUCCAUCAACUCCGCCGAGGAGACUGCGGACUUUGUCAGCAUUCGACACAACGUGGUCAUCCACUAUGACGGCCACACGCAAAAGUCGCUGGAGAUGAUGGUACGGAAUAUUGGUACCGCACGGAACAAUAUGCGACGAGGCAAGAUGUCACAGAUCUCCCUGGGUGGGCUCCGACCGCGCAUGGGCAACCCAGACGCGAGGAAGAAUCGUCCAGCACCGGCUCUUCUGGACCAGGCUGACAGUUCUGAUGGCGACAUACUGACCAAUAUUCGCAGCAUGCGAACCAGAGGUCCUCCUCCCGCGGAGGCGUCCUCAAGCCGCGUUCCUCCGAAGGAAACGGUUUUUGAUGUGGUAGAUAGACAGCUCGAGCUGGCACACAGCCACUGCGAGACAGCGGCUUACCAGUUCCUGCGUUAUGGAGAUUGCUCGGCGGAAUUGAAAAGCGUUGUGGAGAACUUUCGGUCAUUACUUGAAUUAGCAACCAAAGAAGCGCGAAAUCUGAAGGCAGAGCAACCUGAGGAGACUUUAAAAGAAGACAUGAAGAAGGAAAGUGUCACGGUCUCACCUACGAAGACGGCUGCCGAACCUGAGGGCGGUAAACCUCCGGCUUCAUGCACCCACGAAAUCGAAGUUGACGACGCUUCGGCUGUUUCAGUGGAAUCUAUCGAUAUCAGGGCCUUCCGCGCCAGUCGGCUCAGAGUCUAG